AGGGGGCAACUUCAAAUAAAUUCCCCCGUCGCUCGCAGCUCCUGAGGACCAGACCCAGGACGCAACAGGUCGAGACUGAAGCCGCGAAGCAGGGCUCAACGACGGAUUCCUACGUGCGUAAUGAAGAUUUGUUGGAUGAGGUUCGGAACCAUUUAGAAUCGAAGAGAUGCGGAGAGGACACGUGCACUUUUGAAACGAGUGCUCCAUCUCUCAGGGCAUGAUGGAGACCUUUACCCUGCGCUCCUUCAACACAUCUGGCGUGAGCCGUCAAUUCCAGCAGGUCUCCGUGCGUUUUCAAAGAACUCACCUCUCCGUCGGCUCUUAGGACAUGCGGUUUUUAACCCCUCACACCCUCGCACGCAGGUUUCCCCAUAGAAAUUAGACAUGCAGAGCCGCGUCGCGUCCGCGGUGCGCUGCUGCGUGCUGCUGCUCCUGAUCCACGUGAGCGCAGCGGCGGAGGCGAGGAGGGUGCGCGGCGGCCGCGCGGAGAGCCGCCGCGUGCAGCAGCAGCAGCAGCAGCAGCAGCAGCAGCAGCAGCAGCAGCAGCCUCGCGCGCACAGGGAGCGCGCGGAUGGAGCCGAGAGCUUCCCGCUGGACUUCACAGCCGUGGAGGGAAACAUGAACGACUUCAUGGUGCAGAUAAAGAACCUGGCGCAGUCACUGUACCCGUGCUCCGCGCAGAAGCUGGACCACGACAUGAAGCUGCGCUUCUUGCAGAAUGUCUCCGUGACGUGCAACGACGGGUCACCGGCCGGAUACUACAUCAAGGAGUCUAAAGGCAGCAAGAGGUGGCUCGUGUUCCUAGAAGGUGGCUGGUACUGUUUCAACCGACAGACGUGUGACAGCAGGUAUGAAACGAUGAGGGGACUGAUGAGCUCCACCAAGUGGCCAAAAACCAGAAGAGGAACAGGAAUUCUGUCUCCUCAGCCGGAGGAGAACCCUCACUGGUGGAACGCCAACGUGGUAUUCAUCCCGUACUGCUCCAGUGACGUGUGGAGCGGAACAACCGCGAAGACAGAUCACAGUGAUUAUGCAUUUAUGGGCUCUCUGAUCAUCAAGGAGGUGGUGAACGAGCUGCUGACUAAGGGUCUGGAUAACGCCAAGGUUCUUCUUCUCGCUGGAAGCAGUGCGGGCGGUGCCGGCGUGCUGGUUAAUGUGGACCAAGUAGCAGAGCAGCUGGCGUCACAGGGACACAGGGGGGUGCAGGUCAGGGGCCUGGCGGACUCUGGAUGGUUCCUGGACAACAAGCAGUACAAAUUCACCGACUGCCUGGACACCAUCAGCUGUGCCCCAACCGAGGCCAUAAGGAGAGGAAUCAGGUACUGGGGCGGACUGAUGCCAGAAAGCUGCAGACAGGCCCACGUGGGAGAGGAGUGGAACUGUUUCUUUGGAUAUAAAGUCUACCCCACAUUAAAAAGCCCAGUGUUUGUGGUGCAGUGGCUGUUUGACGAGGCCCAGUUGACGGUGGACAACAUCCACCUGACGGGGCAACCUGUGCACGAGGGCCAGUGGAGGUACAUACAGAACCUGGGGCAGGAGCUGAGGAGCACGCUCCAGAGCGUACCGGCAAUGUUUGCACCGGCCUGUCUGUCUCACGAGCUCAUCACUACAAGUCACUGGAUGGACAUUCAGGUGAAAGGCACGUCCCUCCCCCGAGCCCUCCACUGCUGGGACCGCAGCCUCCAGGAUCAGCUCCCCAUCAACGGCAGCCACGGCAACCGCAGCACCCAAAGGCCCAAGGCGCCGCCUGUCAGGGGUUGCCCUCUACAUUUGAUUGACAGCUGCCCGUGGCCUCACUGCAACCCGUCCUGCCCGACUAUUCGCGACCAGCUGACGGGACAGGAGAUGACUGUAAUCCAGUUCCUGAAGCACAUGGGCUUUGACGUGCAGAAGAUGGCGCAGCAGCAGGGCAUGGACCCCAGGAAGCUACUGGGCAUGCUCAGCAAUGGGAACUGAGUCCCCACUUUACUGUAAACCAGUAAGGCCACAAAAAGGUGCUGAAGCGAUAAGUGAAAGCGAAGAAUAAGCUGAUGUUUGCUUUUUUUUUUUACAGCAUUCAAAAAGCUGGAUGACUCGAGAACUCGAAUGCCUGAUGAGUUCUAAAGCUGCCAGAGUCAAAUACAAUUAAACGAGAAAGUCUGAGCUCAACACAACAUAUGGGUUCACAUGUCCUAGCUUUUACAUGCAGAUGUCAGAUUGAGGUGCACAAAAACACACCAGCAGCCAAGGGCGGUAUGUGUUCUGUAUAAUCUGUGUACACAGUAAAGGCCACCGUGGUCGUCUGAAACGGGAAAGCACAGGACUGGAAACACCUCCCAGUUUGUGUUUCAGGGUUCUAAUACACAUUCAUCUGUGGUGCUGCAGUUUCUACUCUUCACCAAAUAUGCUGCUUUUUCUCAUCUUAGAAAACAUAUUUAAUGGGUAAUAAUUUCUAAAUGGUACAAAGGUUAAUAUUUUGUUUUCAGGCCACUGUAAAGUGCUUGUAUAUUUAUUUUUCUACUGAAAAUAUAUUUUAUAUGUAUAUAUAUUUUAUAGCCAGGUUUAGUUAAGCUAGUGCUAUAGUGUCUCCAUACAUUUAAGUUUGUAUAAAACAACUAAGCUGAUAGUACAAACUGUGCCCACAGUGUGUUUAGCCUGAUAAUAUAUUUAAUAUCUGUUUGUGUGCUGUAGCAGAGCCCACCAUAAGAAAAGAAUACAAAUACACAAGAUAAAAACAUAAUUUAAUUACAAUACUAUGACAAUACAGUUGCAUUCAGCAGCUCAGAAUUGUAUUUUUUAAUCACACUCAUACAUCCAACACCAUCCAGUUUAUCUGUAACAUACUGAAAAAAACUAUUUUAUAACAGAAGUAUAAAAACAACAGAAAAUUGUAUGAGAAAUAAAAAAAUCUGUUCACAUUUA